AUGCCUGAGUUCAACGCCUCGUCUUAAUAUAAUGGGUAAAUUUUAAGGACUUCAUGGGGUCAAAGAACUUAAGAUUAUUAAAAUUCUAGGAUAGCUGCUAUAAGCUAAUAAUCAAAUGACAAUGGAUUAUAGGUUUUAAUGGAUAAUUUGCAAAUGAUUGAAAACCUCAACAAAUUUAACAGGGAAAAAAUAGUUGAGAGGUAACUAUUCGCCAAGGGAACUGGAGCUCAUGGAUAUUUUGAACUUUCUAAUGAUGUGUCAAAGUAUACUAGAGCAAAGUUUUUGAAUGGGAAAAGUGGUAAAUAAACUCCAAUAUUUGCAAGGUUCUCUCCAUCUAUGAUAAAUUCUAAAGGUUUUCCAGAUACAGUCAGAGAUAUUAAGAGCUUUGAUAUAAAGUUUUAUACAGAGGAUGGUAAUUUCGAUUUAAUGACUUAGAAUAGUUAAGUAACUUUUAUAAGAGAUGCGGCUAAGUAUCCUGAUUUUAUUCAUAGUCAGAAAAAUAAUCCUCAAUCUAAUUUAAAGGAUUACAAUUCAACUUGGGAUUUUCUAAGUCAGACCACUGAAUCAAUCAAUAUGCUAAUGCGCUUUUAUGGAGCUGAAUUUAUACCUGAUGGUUAUUAAUAAAUGAAUACUUAUGGAUAGCAUACUUACAAAUGGAUUAAUGAUAAAAAUGAAUUUACCUAUGUGAGAUAUCAUUUAAUUAAUAACUUAGGGCAAAACUUUUUCCUCAUAGAUGAAUAAGCUAUGGAUUUAUUUAAAGACCCUGACUACUUUACAAGCAUGCUAUUCAAUUAAAUUUCACAAGGAAAUUUCCCAACUUGGACUCUAAAGAUUUAAAUUAUGACUUAGGACGAUGCCUUAAAAUCAAAAUAUGACAUCUUUGAUUCAACUAAAACUUGGGAUGCUUAGCUGAUAACUGUUGGAAAUAUAGUCUUAAACAAAAAUCCUUAGAAUAAUUUUGCCGAAGUAGAAUAAGUUGCUUUUAAUAGAGGUCAUUUUGUUGAUGGUAUUGAUUCAUCUGGGGAUAGACUACUUUAAGGCUUGAUUUUUAUGGACUAGGAUAGUAACUUGUUUAGACUUGGAUCAAAUUAUGACCAAAUUCCAAUUAAUAAACCGUACAAGGUAAAGUAAAUAUCCUAUAGCAGAGAUGGAGCAUCAAGCUUUACUUCUAAUUUUGGCAAUUCUACUAAUUACUAUCCAAAUACUUUGAAUGGUCCAAUACCAGAUGCCUCAAUAAAACCAGCAUUGAGCACUGCUUCAAGUACACCCUCAACAUAGAAGACCUAUGAUGAUUUUACUUAAGCCUCUUAGCUCUAUAAAGAUAUGAGCAAAUAUCAAAAAGAAAUUCUUGCAUAGACUUUAGUUAAGGAUCUGAAAUAGGUAAAGAAAUCUAUCUAGUAGAAGGCUGUUGAUAUGUUUAAUAAAGUUGAUGUUGAUCUUGGUUCCUCAAUUAAUAAUUAGCUUUGA